AUGGAGAAUGAUUCAUCACUUGUGGAACAAUCUCUUCUUCAAGAUGAAGAGAGCAGCCAAUACACAGGAGAUGGUUCAGUUGACUUUAAAGGGAGGCCUGUUCUCAAGCUCAAUACUGGAAAUUGGAAAGCUUGCCCUUUUAUUCUAGGCAAUGAAUGUUGUGAACGUUUGGCAUACUAUGGCAUUGGAACAAAUCUUGUUACCUAUCUCACUCACAAACUACAUGAAGGAAAUGUCUCUGCUGCAAGAAAUGUCACCACUUGGCAAGGCACUUGUUAUCUUACACCACUCAUUGGAGCCGUUCUAGCUGAUUCUUACUGGGGGAGAUACUGGACAAUUGCUGUUUUCUCCACAAUUUAUUUCAUUGGAAUGUGUACAUUGACUCUUUCUGCAUCAGUUCCAGCAUUGAAGCCUGCAGAGUGUUUUGGUUCAGUGUGCCCUCCAGCUACUCCUGCACAAUAUGCUAUCUUCUUCUUUGGUCUCUACCUGAUUGCACUUGGUACCGGUGGUAUUAAACCAUGCGUGUCAUCAUUUGGGGCAGAUCAGUUUGAUGAUACUGAUCCCCAAGAAAGGAUUCAGAAAGGAUCCUUUUUCAAUUGGUUUUACUUUUCUAUCAACAUAGGUGCCUUUGUGUCAAGCACUUUUAUUGUAUGGACACAAGAAAAUGCAGGCUGGGGUAUCGGAUUUGGCAUUCCCGCUUUAUUCAUGGGAUUAGCUACAGGAAGCUUCUUUUUAGGCACGCCCCUCUACAGAUUUCAAAAACCAGGGGGAAGCCCUAUUACAAGAAUGUUACAAGUUGUUGUAGCAUCUUUUCGGAAGCGGCGACUGGUUGUCCCCGAGGAUAGUAGUCUCUUGUACGAGACACCGGACAAGAGAUCUGCGAUUCUUGGAAGUAGGAAACUGGAACAUAGCGAUGAGCUACGGUGUCUUGAUAGAGCAGCUAUAGUGUCUGAUGCUGAGAGGAAAAACGGCGACAAUUUUAACUUGUGGAAACUUUGCACUGUGACACAGGUCGAGGAAUUGAAAAUAUUGAUCCGAAUGUUUCCAAUUUGGGCUGCUGGAAUUGUUUUUAAUUCUGUUCAUGCCCAGCUGCCCACAUUGUUUGUGGAACAAGGAACUAUGAUGGACACAAGUAUUGGUUCUUUCAAAAUUCCUCCAGCUUCACUCUCAUGUUUUGAUGUGAUAAGUGUUAUUUUUUGGGUUCCCGUCUACGACAGAAUUAUAGUUCCAAUUGCAAGGAAAUUCACCGGCAAAGAACGAGGCUUUUCAGAGUUGCAAAGAAUGGGAAUCGGCCUUUUUAUUUCAAUCUUUAGCAUGUUUGCAGCGGCUUUUGUGGAGAUUAAGCGUCUGCAGCUUGCAAGAGAGCUUGACCUUGUUGAUAAACCUGUCGCUGUACCGAUUAGUGUGUUCUGGCAAAUACCUCAAUAUUUUUUAUUUGGAGCAGCAGAAGUAUUCACAAAUGUGGGGCAACUUGAGUUUUUCUAUGACCAAUCUCCCGAUGCAAUGCGGAGUUUAUGCACUGCUUUCUCGCUUUUGACAACUUCAUUUGGGAAUUACUUGAGCUCUUUCAUUCUCACUGUUGUAACUUACUUCACUACACAAGGCGGAAAACCCGGGUGGAUUCCGGAUAACUUAAACAAAGGUCAUCUUCAUUAUUUUUUCUGGCUUCUAGCUGGGCUUAGUUUCUUAAAUAUGUUGGUGUAUAUAGUUUCUGCCAAUAAGUACAAGAAGAAAAAAGCUGCUUAG